GAGCAAACUUACCCUCCACACAACACCACCCUUUAACCACACCAAAAAAUGGCAAUUCACGUGAAGGGACAGUUGCCUAACGCGCAUUUCCACAAGCACUGGCAGCGCUAUGUCAAGACCUGGUUCAACCAACCCGGUCGUAAGCUCCGUCGUCGCCGUGCUCGUCAAGAAAAGGCUGCUCGUGUUGCUCCCCGCCCUGUGGAGGCUCUCCGUCCCGCUGUGAAGCCCCCCACGGUCCGUUACAACAUGAAGAUCCGUGCUGGUCGUGGUUUCACUUUGGAGGAGCUCAAGGCUGCCGGUAUUCCCCGCCGUUACGCCCCUACCGUCGGUAUUCCCGUCGACCACCGUCGUCGUAACCGCUCUGAGGAGUCUCUUCAACGUAACGUUGAGCGUCUCAAGGCUUACAUGGCUCACUUGAUCGUCUUCCCCCGCAAGGCCGGCAAGCCCAAGGCUGGUGAUGCCAAGGACGUUUCUGGUGCCGAGCAAGUUGCUGUCGACGCUGUUGUCCCCAUUGCCGCUGAGCCCGUCGAGGAGGCUAAGGCUAUCUCUGAGGAGGCCAAGUCUUUCGGUGCCUUUGCUACCUUGAGCAACGAGCGUGCUUACGCUCGCUACGCCGGUGCCCGUGCUGCUUUCGCCAAGAAGCGUGCUGAGGAGGCCGAGGCCAAGAAGAAGUAAAGUGCGAGGUCUGUUUAAAGAGGAAUUCAAAAAAACGAAUCUGGUAUUGUGCGUAUAAGAUGUAGCUAGGAGGUUGGGGACGUCAAUGGUUGUCAAACUGUAAAUAGUAGACUUUGUCUAGGAAAUUAAAGACCCUCUUACCUCUUG